AGGGCACCAACCACAUUGGCGAUAAUCAAUUUUAUGGAGUAGAAGCCCUAGUUUAAAAGACCCUGUUUAUCUUUUCUAUUUCGCUUCCCGAUGAAGCCUGCGCAUUCAACUCGUCCCGUUUUAGAGGUGCUUCUUGCGUAAUUAUCAAAGUAGGAUAUCACAGGCAAAAUGUUUAACCCCUUUGCGAGUAAUCCUUUCACGAGCGGAUCCGGUAGCAAUCCGUUCGAGGAAGGAACUCCCCACAGCAACCCCUUCGACGACGUUCAUGUGGUGGAAGACCAUGAUGAUUUCGAAGAGGAUCCCGCACAAGCUCUCCGGCAGGACAAAGCAGGGCAUAACUCCGAGCAAAAAGGGCAAGCACAAAGGCAGCAGAAUCAGAAAACGAACACUCAGAGAAAUAUAAUCCAGAAAAAUGACAAGAACGGCAAAAACAACCCUGGCCCAGCAGCAGGGAACAAGAAGAAUGGUACUAACGAGAUGAAAACUACCGAUCCGAAACACACCAGUGAUCAUCCAAAUGCUAGUGGGAGAAGCGGUGGCGGAAUUUACGGAGCGUUUAGCGCACCGUAUGGAUUGCAAAAAUGUCUGGGUCUGGAAGGAUACAACUUGUGAUGCUACUUUUGGAAUCUACAUAAAAUCUGUAUUGCAUGAACAGCACAAGAGGUGUAAUUUGUGCUACGCGGAGAGGGCGUUUCUCAUGCGGUAUGAGCAUCAGAAAGCCCUCGCAAAAUCUCUGAUGAUAGGUCAUGCAUCACAGACCUCAUGGGUCAUGCAAAAUCUGCAUGCGGAAAUAGGGAAUUAUAAGGUGCAAAAUCUGCAUGACAAACUCCUGCAUUCUUCCAGACCCAGACAUUUUUGCAUGUGAUACACCGAAAUCUGCCACGACAUCGGCCCUUGCACAGGAAGUUCCGACGCAACGGGUGAGAGAGCCAUUUUAUGCGGCAUCCAGGCUACCGCGCCCCGUGUUUCCGGUGGUGAUCACGGGCACUUCUGCCGCAGCAUCUUCAUCUGCCGGUUCUUUUGCGCCGCAGCAGAUGCCGCUCCCGCCGGAUUUGAUAAAUUUGCGCAGAGUCCCUUCAUCCGGUACUAGCAAUCACGCAGGGCCCUCAGCUGGUGCCACUGCCACGUCCUCGAAGAUGCCGAUGCCAACCUUUCCUCCACCGGCGGUGAAUUUUCCAGUCGACACGCUGAAGCAGAGUCCGCGGUCUAUGCCGAUGCCCCAACCCCCUCUCGUCCACACGCAGCGCGCAGCGAAAAGAGGACUGAUGCCGGUCCCGGCCCCUUCCAGUAGCCCGUCGUCGUCACCGCAUCACGCCGCGAUGAAUAAGAGCGGCGGAGUUGUACCACAACUCGAUGAGCGGACUGCUUCGUCUAAUUCUACCAGUCAAAACGGAAACAAUAAAACCGCUAACAACAACAAGAAAAACGCGCGGUCGCAUCAAAAUAAGAGCAACAAGCGGGCUGCACAAGAUGGGGCGGGACAUCGGCAGCAGGAAGGAGAUGGAAAUCAGGCAAAAAGGCAAAAAACCAUAGGGAAUAAUAUAGACAUCAACAUUUGCGAGGAGAGACUUUUUCCCAACACCACCGCGAUGCAGGACGGCUCCCGCGAGCUGAACACCACCGAGGGGUUUAUGAAAUGCAAACAUGUCCGGGGCUGGAAUAAACCUGUAAUGCUGAAUGGUCGUGAUUGACUUCGCCUGUAAGUGCAGUGCAGCAUGACAAAUGUUGUUAGCGCUUUUUGAUGCUUAGUGCGCAUUGCAAACUGCGACUCCUCAUGACGAAAGUGUGGCGAUUUUGUCGUGUUUAUGCAAUACGGAUUUUCCAGCAAAAAUGCUGGACACGCAAUGCAGGUUCAUCCUUUCCAGACCCAGACAUAUUUGCAGUGGAUAGGGUUCCACCUGCGGCAGAACGAGUUCUACCUGAAGCGCGUCACCGACGGAACGAAGCGGCGGGGCAAUUUCCUGGACGACGUUUCUCACGAAAACGCCUCGUAUAUGUACAUGACGGGGCACGACUUGCGGCAGUAUGAGAAGCAGGUGCUGGACUUCACAAAGUCGAAGUCGAAAGCACAGAAGAAACAGCAAAAGAAAACGAACACGGACGGGCUGCACCCCCUGAUGGAGUCCGAGGACGUGAGUUGCUACGACAAUUUCACGGACAAGGAGCUGCAACAGGAAUUGCUUGCCCUGAUCGCGGCGUACAUCGACGACAAGGGCGGCGCGGUCAAGGCCUGCGAGCUGGUCCACCCGCGGCUGCUAUCAAAAGUAAAAAUGUCUGGGUCUGGAAACUUGUGAUGCUGGGUGGCGUCUCAUGAUGAGGCUACAAAUGCUGGCUCAGCAUGACAAGUUUCUGAGCUCCUAGGUGUUGCCUAUUCUGCAUGACAAACUGCGCUUCUGCAUCACAGAAGAGCGGAGCUCUUGGGUAACGUGCGUCACAGAUUCAAGAAUCAUGCCAGACAAGCAUGACAAACAUGAAUUCUUCCAGACCCAGACAUUUUUGCACUUGAUAGCUGCAGGCGGUGCAGCACCUGAUCCAGGACGGGAAGUACAAAAAGAAGCUGGUCUCCAUCUGCCAGGAGCACCCGAAACACUUUCGCUGCUGCGCCUCCUGGUCGGACCCGGAGACCGGGCGCAAGCUCGGGCAGUUCAUCGCCACCAGACUGGGGCUGCGCCGGCACCUGAUCACGCCGCGCGACGAGCAGAUGGCAGCGAAAACCGUGCAGCAGACGAAAAACGAGCUGUUGGUGCAGCAGGAGCAGUUUCUGAAGCUGAACAGGGAGGAGCUGGGGAUCGUCGACGCGAAAAAAAUCAACAGCGCCGGACUGUUAUCCAUUGCAAAUAUUAUCCCUGGAUGUCUGAAAGAGUGUAAACUUGUCAUGCAGGUUUUCCAUGACCGAUGAGGUCUGGAAUGCGGGACCCAGCAUGACAGACUCUGUGGUGUGUCUUCCAUGCCUAUCCUGCAUCAGAAACUGCCUUCCAACUUGGUCGAAACUGGACAGCUUUUGGCACUCAUGCAACACAGAUUUUUGCAUGAUUCGGAUCUAGCAUGACAGCUUGCAAUCUUCCAGACAUCCAGGGAUAUUUGCAAUCCAUAGCUGUAUUUCGAAGAGGAAACGGGGAUCAAGUACUUUAUCUCGAAGCAGUGGUACGCGUGCUGCUUCUAUCAAAGUGAAAAAAGCCCCCACCCCAUAUCCGAAACAGAAGAUGCGCGAAUUUGUGAUGCUGUAUUUGAGUACACAAAUCAACUUGUAUUGCUAGAAGGCCAAGAGACGAAGCUGCGGCCUAAAUUGCAGGUAAUCUGUCAUGCUGUUUCCCACUUCCAGUUGCCUCCUGUCAUCCUGGAGCUGCAAGGCUUUCCCACGCUAGACAGCACUACAGUCUGCAUCUUUUGCCUUCUAGCAUCACAAGGCUGAUUUGUGACUACAAAUCUGCAUCACAGAUUUCCGUUUUGAUAUGGGGAGGGGGCAUUUUUCAUUGUAAUAGCUUCAACGGUUGCAACGAGAUCUUUCACUCCUGGAACAGCUGCGUGGCCCACAUGCUCGCGGACUCGCGUGCGCUGGGGAUCAUGUGGAAAAAAAGCGGGGGGAACAGCAAGAAGAAGGAGAAGUUCAAAGACACCCCGAUUCCCUACGUGAAGCACCGGGCGUGCAAGCACCUGGACGAGAAGCUGGUGGCAUCCUGGGCGCGCGCGGACGACAUCGGCCGCGUCACGAACUUGGUGAGCGUGAACAAGGCGCGGGCGACCGGGAUCCACGACCGCAUGAAGAAGGUGCAGCUCCCGAGCGAGGAGGAGCUGGUCACCUACGUGUGGGACCUGAUCGACGAGAUCACGAAUUUGGAGCCCAACUUCAGCUGGGACCGCGAGAACGCCAUCAUGAUGUGCGGGGCCGAGUUGUGGGAGAUGGAGAAGAGCAAGGAAAACACGCGGCGGCUGCUGACGAAAUUGGGCCAGGCCUGGGCCAAGGGGGAGUUCGACACCAACAAACUGUUCGACGAUUUGCAGCACAAUGAGGAAUAUCCAGUGCAAACAUGUCUGGGUCUGGAAACUUGUAAUGCUAAAACGUGGAUGAUGGAAACGGUUCCGAAUCCGAAUGCAACCCAGCAUGACAAAUUUCAAGAACGCUUUCGCAUAGGCAAUCCGCAUGAGAAACUGUUUUUUUGCACCUACAAAAGAGGCUGCGAAUUUUGUUGGUUUAAUGCAUUACAGAUUUUCUAGGUAUGGAAAGCUAGCAUUACAAGUUCCAACCUUUCAGACCCAGACAUAUAUUUGCAAUCCAUAAGGAAGAUGAUCUCGACCCGCAACUCGAGGCGGAAUUGGCGGCCGCGAAGAUGUAUGCAUUGCAAAAGCAUCGUACUAGUAUAGAUUGCAUUACAAAUUUUACCAAGAGGAAAAAUGCAACUUGUCGUGCUGGAUAAGGUAGCCAGUUUACAUUUGUCAUGUAUCAUGACUGCAAUUCAUACGAGUACGAUAAUUUUGCAGAGGAUAAGAUGUUCCCGGAAGUGGACCACGGCGAGCAGAGUGAGGUAUCAAAUGCAAAAAUGUCUGGGUCUGGAAGAAUACAAACUUGUGAUGCGCAUUUCAGCACACAGAAAAAUCUCUGAUGCGUGGCUAGCAAAAGCUGCCCACUUUCUGUCACCAAAGUGGGGGAUUUGUCAUGCGGAUUCGGCAUUGCGGAAGCUUUUCGAAACCUGUGAUGCUAGAGCUUCCAUGCCAGACCUUCUGCGUCAUGCAAAAACAGCAUGACUCUUCCAGACCCAGACAUUUUUACAUUUGAUAUGAGGAGGAGGUCGUCGAUCUGCAGGUCGCGGGGGCGGGAAAUAUUAAAAACAACAGUACUAACAGAACCGGUGGUGGUUCGACUGCUCAAGAAGAACAUCACGACAAGGACAACCUCGACGACGACGACCGGGACCAGUCUAUACCGAACCUGGAGCUGGACUCUAUGGCGCUCUCAAACGUUACAUCCUCAUAGCUGUUACAUGGAUUUGUAAUGCAAGAAUGGCAAAAGUGCAAGGGGGAAGAUUAUUUCGCCUUUUGCAUCACAGGUUGGGCACGGAUUUAGACGCUGUUCAGGAGUCCUUCGAAAAUUUGUCAUGCGAGGCAGCUUGAUGAUGUAGAUACUGAUGAGGGUUCUGCGUGACAAAUCCAUGUGACAGUUGAGAGCGUAACGUUUGAGAGCGCCAUAGACUCAACCAUCGGGUUACUGAAGAAGGUGAAGAACAAGACGCUAUCGAAUGAAAAAAUCCCCCCUCCCCAUAUCAAAACGGAAUUUCUGAUGCUGGAUGUGUGUACACAAAUCAGCUUUGUAUUGCAGAGAGGCACUGCGGCCAGGUCCCCAGGCUAGGUAGGGGCGUAUGGGUCUAGUUGUUCAGCAUGGCAAAUGGCUCCCCUUUAGGCCAAACAGCAUGACAAAUUGCUUCCAUAAUGGGGCGGGAGCUUCUGUCCUUGUCUUCUUGCAAUACAAAUGUGAUUUGUGACCUCAAAUCCGCAACACAAAUUUUCGGAAACGUACCUGCUCAAUAUGGGGAGGGGGGAUUUUUCCUUCUGAUAGACGCGGCGGGAACUUCGAGACCAGCUGCGAAACUUCCCGGACUUGUCGCAGCCGAUCUGGCGGAAGGGCCGGCAGGGGAAAAAACAGUGGGACGUGAGCAACAUGACCCUGAAGGACCAGCAAAAAAAGCAGAUCAAAGUGACCCCCAAGGACUACGAGCGCGACGCCAACCGAAAUGCCGCCAUCCACUUUGGCCGCGCGCUGCUCCAAACCACACUGUACACGCGCGCGAAAGCCUUCGUCGCCCAGAAGUGCUACGGUCUGGAGUUCGACGCGCUCGGGUUGGGAAAGACCUGGGAGCAGUUUUGGACGGACAACUUCGCGUCGCAGUUUCUGCCCUCGGGGUUUCUGGAGGAACGACGGAAACUACGCGACGCAGCUGCCCGGAACAACUACCGCGCGGGAAAUAGUAACACGACCGGAAUAAAAGGUGCAGGUAAAAAAGGGAAAAAUAGUAAGGGCGCCGCGGCCCCAGGGCAGGCGGGAGCGGGAAAGCCCUUCUUCAGCAGUUCAGCCGCUUCACCAACUAAAGGUGGAACAACCAACGUGAACUAUUCCGUUUUUGGCAAAAACGUGAACGAUCCCCAGUCGUUGGAUGAUAACAAUUUCAAGCCGACCUCCGACGCAGGACGUGUGGAUGAGGUUGACAGCCAAGCUUCCGAGCUGAAUUCUGAAGAUGAGGGUUCUGCUUCCUCGCAAGACGAAGAUGAAAUCGUCCUCGACAUGAUGAAUCCCUUUGCGGACGACUCGAAUGAUCAACACACGACCGCACUUGACGAUCCAUUCGCUACCAGUCAUUUCGGCACGAACAACAACUCUGCUGAUCCGGCGCUUGUUUCCACCUGGUCCCACGAGCAAAACGGGAACUCCUUCGCCGGAGUCUUCGAUGAUGAUUUUGAGAACGAUGCGGUUGCUGCGGGCGACGAUCAGGUGGACAACUACGGGAGAAAUGAGGAGAAAACCAAAGAAAAAAUUAAUGCAACAAACGCCACCCCCGCACUGUCCACUACUGCGCUGGCGCACCAGGACAACUUAUCCUUGCUAUUGAAGCACGACUUUCUGACCAACGAGGUCCAGGCGGCUGCGUAUGCCAAGCUGGAGACGAACGCGGAAAAAUCCAAGUUCCGUGCGCAGGCGCGCACGGUGGCGCAGAACAAGAUGCCAAUGCCGCCGAAGCUCCUGCGCGGCGUCGACCGAACGAGUGCCCGGGAGAUUGAGCCGGGACUGCGGCAACUGGCGGAGGACCAGAGUCUCCGCGUGGAAGGACGACGAGGGGGAAAUCAUUCAAAUGAUCCUUCUUCCUCUUGGAGCAAAGCAAAUGAAAAUGAUCGGUCCAACGACAUUCCGGUGGACGCGCUGGUGCAUUCUGUGGUGGUGAAGUUGAAAUCUAACCUAUCCUGUGCAGAAGUAUCGUACUCGUAGUAAUUGCAUUUAUGCAUGACAGUGCCCUUUUAUUAAGAUGAAUCCGCAUUACAAAUUCCAUUUCUAAUGCUGAGAAAAUUUGUAUUACAAUUUUAAUUUCAUACUAGUGCGAUACUUUUGCAAUUCAUUCAACCUUGCCUGGAACAAAAGACGCGGACGGGGGGAAAACGAAAGAGAUAAAAGUAGCCCGUCGGCAGAAGUAGUGGACCCGAAAUAUACGGUGGUUCCACAGGCGGAAAAGGCGCUUCGGCUGGUGGUGGCCGACUGCGCGAGCAUUCCGUUGGAGGUAUCGCACAGAAAAAAGCUGGCAGGUCAUAUUUGUAAUGCAAAAACAAAUAGACAAAAAAACUUGCGUCGCAUAUCCUAAACAGCAUGCUAUGAAGCCGCCCACGACAAAUUUUUCGGUGUAUUUAUUUUUGCAUUACAAAUAUGCCCUGCCAGCUUUUUUCUGUGGGAUAGGAGGCCCUGGCGGAAGACGCGGAUUUCUGUUUCAUGCACGCCGGAUAUGAGAGUGCACAACUCGUCCCCGUCCUUCUCGCUUGUCAUGCAAAAUGAAAAUACCAAAUCUACACCUCGCCUUUGGGCACUCUUUGCAGGGCAAAUUUUGGAAACUCAAGCAGUACUACAACAAUCUGUGUACAGAUUUGUCAUGCGGAAGCCGCACGAUCUCUCCUGUGGCUUGUGUUGCUGUUGAUGUGGCCUGGCCACAUCAACAGCCGCCACGCAAAUUAGGGGGAGGGGAAGCAGCUGUGCACCCUCAUACCGGAAGUUGUCUCAAAUUGCAGUUGGAAGACGGAAUGCCCAUCGAAUGCGUUGGGUGCUCCGCGAAUCACGCGCAUACGGAAAGGAAGCUGGCGCACGUUUUCAAGGACUUGUGAACAAUGAAGCGAACAUGUAUGUUGUAUUCUUUCAGGUUUUUGGUUUAAGUAAAUGAUAUAAUAAGCGACCCCCCGCGCAAAGCUGCAGAACGAUUGCGCCUUAUGUGUUGGAUGCAUCUGAUAAAAUAUCGCGAUGCGGCUUG